AUGUCAUCCUCAGCGAAAAAUCCAUCGAUGAUAUCAGAGCUCAAAAAAAGCCACAUUCCAGUGCCUUGGUGCGAUGAAUACGAGAGGAUGAUUAGUGGAAUGAACUUUUCAGCAUCUAAGUCCAUAGAACUUGAAGAUUAUAAGCUCCAAACUUUGACGAAACUGAACGAUUUCAACGACCUUACUAUUCCUGAUGGCAGCACGUUAAUGUCAUUAAAGACACGACGCAUGGCUGUAGCCAAAAGCUUGCUUGGCCAACUUGGCGAUGAGGUUACAAUCGAGCCGCCCUUUUUCGUGGGAUGGGGUUGUAAUGUGUUUAUUGGAGAUAAUGUUUACAUUAAUCGCGAAGUUUCGCUCUUCGAUAAUGCACUCAUUCAAAUUGGUGACCGUGUCCUUAUCGGGCCAGGUGUUUGUAUCUGCACGGGUACACAUGAGGUUGCAUCAAGUGAUAGGAAAGAAGCUAGUGGCACAUCCUUUGCUCGUCCGAUAAUCAUAGAGUCGGAUUGCUGGAUCGGUGCGAGGGUAACCAUUCUAGAUGGUGUACGCAUUGGUGCAGGUUCAACUGUGGCUGCAGGAGCUGUAAUUACACAUGAUAUUGCACCUGGGUGUCUGUUUGGUGGAGUACCUGCCAAGUUCAUUCGUGCAUUGAACUAA